CGACAGUUGCCCGGGUGACGGCAGAGCGGCCUGGCCGGGGCUCAGAGCGCCCCGUGAUCCGCGGCCCGGUGGCCCGGCGGCCCGACGUCCCGAGCGCUGUCCCGACCACUACGGGCCAGAAGGACGUCCUCGGGUGGAGGACUGCUUCAUUUUUGUCUUUGUGUCUUCAGGUGGCCCAGGGCCCGGUGUUUCUGUUAUGAGAACAUCAGUGGGUCUUCAAAAUGGGAGAUAUACUAGCCUCUGAAGCGGAAUUGCUUGGAUUGGUGAAAGAGUAUUUAGACUUUGCUGAGUUUGAAGACACCGUGAAGACGUUUAUAAAGGAGUGCAGAAGUAAAGGAAAGCCGUUGUCCAAAACCCCAUCCAGCUCUUUGAGAGACUCAAAAACGCUGAUUCUCCAGAAAGAUCUAAUCACUGCAUUUGAUAAUGGGGCCCAGAAAGUCUUCUUUGGCCUGUGGGAAGAGCAUGUCCCAGCCUCCGUCCGAGAAGGAGACACCCUGGCCCAGAAGCUGGAGUUCUACCUGCACAUCCACUUUGCCAUCUUCCCCCUGAAGCACACGGCCGGCAAACCUGACAAAGCGGAAUUUGAUGAGAGGAUUUCUUCCUUCAAAGCCUACCUGGAGACCCGAGGAGCAGCCCUGAGCCAGACCACAGAGUUCCUUCCUUUUUAUGCUCUUCCCUUUGUGCCCAACCCCAUGGUGCAUCCGUCCUUUAAGGAACUCUUCCAGGAUUCCUGGACUCCAGAGUUAAAGAUGAGGUUGGAAACGUUCCUGUCGUCGACUCUCAAAGCCAGUAACACGCCAAGGCUUUUCACUCUCUAUAAGGACAACGGGCAGAGCAACAAAGAAAUGCUGCAGCAGCUGCAUCAGCAGCUGGUGGAAGCAGAACGCAGGACCAUGACCUACCUGAAGCGCUACAACAAGAUCCAGGCUGACUACCACAACCUCAUUGGGGUCACAGCUGAGUUAGUGGAUUCUCUGGAGGCCACCGUGAAUGGCAAGAUGAUCACUCCAGAGUAUCUGCAGAGCGUCUGUGUUCGUCUCUUCAGCAACCAGAUGAGGCAGAGCUUAGCGCACAGCAUUGACUUCACAAGGCCAGGAACGGCUUCCACCAUGUUAAGAGCCUCCUUGGCACCGGUGAAGCUGAAGGAGAUCCCAUUGCUGCCCUCCCUGGAUUAUGAGAAAUUGAAGAAAGAUCUGACCUUUGGGAACGACCGAUUGAAGGCCUUUUUGCUGCAGGCUCUGCGAUGGCGUCUGACCACGUCUCAUCCUGGAGAACAAAGGGAGACCGUAUUGCAGGCCUACAUCAGCAACGACCUGUUGGAUUGUCAGAGCAACAACCAGAGAAACGUGCUCCAGCUGCUGCAUUCCAAGAACGACGUGGUCCGACAGUACAUGGCGCGGCUCAUCAAUGCCUUGGCCUCCCUGUCAGAAGGUCGCCUCUACCUCUCUCAGAACACCAAGCUCCUGCGGAUGCUGGAGGAGAGGCUGAAAGAUGAAGAUAAGGACUUGCUUACCCGCGAGAAUGUGCUCGGGGCCCUGCAGAAAUUCAGCCUCAGGCGCACUCUGCAGUCCACCAUGAUCCAGGACGGCCUCAUCUUCUGGCUUAUCGACGUGCUCGAGGAUCCUGACUGCCUGUCCGACUACACCCUGGAGUACGCGGUCGCCUUGCUCAUGAACCUCUGCCUGCGUAGUACAGGUAAGAACAUGUGUGCAAAGGUGGCUGGCCUCGUUCUCAAAGUCCUCUCGGAUCUGCUGGGUCACGAGAACCACGAGAUUCAGCCGUACGUGAAUGGCGCCUUGUACAGUAUCCUGUCCAUACCAUCCAUUCGGGAGGAAGCAAGAGCCAUGGGAAUGGAAGAAAUCCUGCGAUGUUUCAUCAAGGAAGGCAGUGCUGAAAUGAUCCGGCAGAUUGAAUUCAUCAUCAAGCAGCUGAAUUCAGAAGACCCACCGGACAUGAUUCUCGAGUCAGAUGAUGAAGAGGAGGAAGAUGAUGAAGAGGACCGGGACACCAUGGAAUCUGAUCUGGACAAGGAUGAGGCGAUACAACCGCGGCUUGGGGAGCUCGCCGGGGAGAAGCUGCUGACCUCGGAGUACCUCGGAAUAAUGACCCACUCGGGCAAAGCCAAGAGGAGAGUGCUUCCCGCCAGCGGCAUGCAGCAGAGCGUCGAUGAGCCCCUGCAGAGGCCCGUCACUCCUGGGUAUCAUAAGAAUGCGCACGCCAUGCUGGGAAGUGAUUUCAUUUCUCCUUGUGCAGCCCACCCCAUCGGAGGUGUGUUCCAGGCACACCCAGGCCCUCGGCCCCCUACACGCAGUGGAAGCAGGUCCAGCACUUUGGAAUUCUGCGGCUCUUCUGCACCCUUCAGUGGGGAGGCCUACAAGCGGCUUGCCUCGGCCCAGUGGGGAGGCCGUCACAUCCUCACCGCCUCAGAGCCCAGCCAGGCCCUGGAGCUGUCCCAAGGCCAAGCAGACGGACAGCCCAACAGAGAAUUCGCUGCCGCCUUCACCAGCAAACCGCGGAUCCCCCGCACCCCCGACUCACAAGGCCUGAGUCCUCGAAAGACCAAGACCCCGGCCAUUGCCCCGCAGUUUUCUCACUCAGGGCCCCAGCAGACCAGCCGCCCCAACUCCACUGGCUCGUCCAUGAGGAGCAGGCAAAGCAGCCAGUGCUACAGGAAGUGAGGGCAGACCCGGUCCCCCAGCCUCGAUCGGCAUCCACACUGUUGAGGGACCAGCCAGCUUCCUGGAGGGAGACAGGCGGCAGCUGCUCUUGUCGGGUGUGGAGCAGGGGGCUCAGGGCUUCUCUCCCUGGCCUUCGCCGGACCUCCGUGUCAGAAGCCGACAAGCACUGCCAGCCCCAGCACACAAUAGAGCCCACUCUUGAUUCAUAGUCGUUCCCAUCUCAGCCUCCUCUGCCGAACUUCAGGAAUCCCCCAUUGCCUAGAGUGCCAAGGAAAUGCUCAGCUGCGCCCCCCAGAAAGGGGCUUCACAAGGGAAAGCUGUGGUCCCACAGCUACCUCCCCAGAGGCCACAGCAGCCCCAGGACUGUCCCCAUCUAGCUGUAGAUGCUGUGGACACAAGAAUCCGCUCUGUAGAUUUUUUAGAAAAAUUCACUUUCACCCUCAGAUCAGCCACAGAUGUGGUUUGGGGUGGGCAGGGAGGGCACACAACAUGACCACAGAAUCAUAAGAGAAAGAUGCUUGAAGGUGAAGUAACAGGAAAACAAACAGUGGACCAGACCUCCCUCCUCUGGCAGAGAGGCGGGGGCCGACCAGGGCAGAAUGAUGGCUACAUCAUCUCACGAUUGCUGGAUCCAGGGUCUGGCUUGGUUUCCUUUGUCACAAGGAAGGGUUCAAGUCGGGGGAAGGAAGGGGGGGAGGGCAUGUCCAG